GUGGUCGGGCGCUUGUACUGUCUGAACACACCUUGAUUGCUACAUCUGAGCUCGACAUCCUACUCUGAUCUCCCCUCUUCCACACGCAUCCACCGAAAUGUCUUCUCUUGCUGGUGCGCUGGACCCGCCCUCGGCACUGCAAGAAACCAAGUAUCAGCCACCCUUGGACGACGUCGCAAUGGGUGAACCAGCGCUGGGCUCCGAGAAUGGCCACACAGACGUUACCGUCAAGGACGAGGACAUGCACGACCUUUUCGGUGAGGCUGAAGAUAACGACGUGCACGUUGUCACACACGACGAGGUCGCGACCCCGGCAUCGUCGGAGCAUGCCGAACACCUUGAUGGCUUGUCUUCACCAGAAAGAAGGCAUAGGGAGGCUAUGGAGUAUGCGGAAGAGGACGAAGAGGGCGGCGAGCCGAUAGUUGAACAGGUCCUCGAGGCGAACGCUGCCAUUCCCAACAUACCUGUCCCACGAAGCUCGGAUGGAAAUUAUUGGGUGAUUCGCAUGCCUAAUUUCGUCAAGGUUGAUUCAAAACCUUUCCAUCCCGACACCUACAUUGGUCCUGAGCAAGAGGACGAAGAAGCGCAGCAAGCCGAGAGCGUGCGUGAGAAGAGCAUGACUAUCAAGCUCAAGGUCGAGAAUACCGUGCGAUGGCGAUGGGUGAAAGACAAGAAUGGCCAGGACAGGAGGCAAUCAAACAGCCGGAUAGUUCGUUGGUCUGACGGGACUCUCAGCCUGCAAUUGGGCAAGGAGCUCUUUGACAUCACACAGACAAUCGACACUUCCGGUGCCAUUCCACGCCAAUCUUUCGGCAGCAGCCAACAGCCUUCGCAGACCGCCAUCCCGUCCUCGCAGACCACACCCGGCAAGUCGCAGGGCCUCACCUACCUCGUCGCACAGCACAAGCGCGCCGAGAUCCUGCAGUGCGAGGCGCUCAUCACUGGCUACAUGUCGUUGCGCCCGACGGGCAUGCAGUCCGAGACGCACCGCAUGCUCGUGCGUGCGGUAGGACAGAAGCACAACAAAGUCGCGCGGCUGCGCAUGGCUCCGGACCCGACGAUGGACCCGGAGCGCGAGAAGCUCGAGCUGAUGCGCCAGGCGGCGCGCAAACCUCGCAAGCCGCGCGGCGAGGACGACGGGCUUGGCGGUCCGCGCAGGAGGCGGACAGGCUAUACGAGGAAGCGCUCGGGGGAAGAUAUGUGGUCGGAAGACGAGGAAGAGGGCGUGUUUGGUGGACGGUCGGAGGAUGAGUAUGGCGAGGAGGGUGCGAGUGGGAGGGUUGGGAGGAAGCGGAAGGCAGGUGGUCAUGAGGAGAGCAGCAAGAAGGGGCCUGGGGAGUACCAGACGGACGAUUUCCUUGUUGCCGACUCAGACGAGGAAGUCGACGCUUACGGUGAGUCAGAUGAAGAGGCCAAUAGACGGAAGAGCACGCGGCGCAGCCGGGUGGAGGAAGAAGAAGGCGAAGAAGAUGACCUGGAGAGGCUCGAGGCGCAGCUCAACCGCCAGGAAGAGGAGGAGCGCAAGCGAAAAAGGGUAUCGAGUGGGAAGUCGCAGGAAGAAGGUGCUGUGGACGAGGGACGAGGAGAGGAGGGCAUGGACGUGGAAAGCGAGGAGGAGGACGAUGAGUUUGGGGUGCGCCGUCGUACCACAUCCGGCGGGCGUAAGAGGAGGGCUGUCGGGUUCGACGAGGAAGAGGAGUAGUGUUGUGCUACAGAUGUACUAACGCUACAUAGGGACGAUUCAUUACUGACUUAAAUACUCUGCAAUACACCGUACUCGUCCCACCGGCCGACU